AUGGAAAUACCAAACUAUGAUAGUGGAGACAAUCCAGAUAAAAAAUAUAAACAAUUAUUUCCUUACAUGCCGGCGGAUACAUUUCGGAUGUUAAUCUGUGGAAACAGUGGAAGUGGUAAGACUAAUCUAUUGUACCAUAUGUUAAUCAAACCACUGUUGUAUUACGAUGAAAUUUAUCUUUACGCGCGUAAUUUAGAACAGGAUAAGUAUCAAAAGCUAAUUCAAAAAAUGAGGGAGUUAAGUCAUAAAUUGGGAUAUGAAAUACUUCAUGUAAGUAAUGAUGAAAUAAUUCCAGUGACAGAAAUGGAUUAUGAAGACAAUCAAAAACUUGUGAUAUUCGAUGACUAUGUUUGUGAUAAAAACCAGAGACAACUGAUUGAUUAUUUCAUUCAAGGACGACAUAAGAAUUGUUCGGUGGUGUACCUCAGUCAAUCGUUUUAUAAAACACCAAAGGACAUUCGGCUGAAUUGUUCUCAUUACUGUUUAUACGAAUUUCCAUCAUCGAGGGAGUCUAAUAGAAUAUCAUCUGAGUUAGGAGUUAGUAAAGAAGAUUACCACUCAGCAACUAAAAAACCGUAUUCAUUUCUAUACGUUGAUAAACCAAGAAAACGUAUUGCAAAAAACUUUACUGGUAAUCUAACCAAUAAUUAAAAUGGGAAUAUUUAACGAACAAUCUUCAGAUCAUCCCUUUGCUAAGGGAAUACAAGGAGCACCAGGAGUCGGAUUUAAUCUAACUUCAAGUGGAGAUUAUGAUAUGGUAAAUAAAAAACUAAGAAAUGUUGGUACACCUAGUGCUAAUACUGAUGCUGCAACAAAAAAGUAUGUUGAUGACAAUUCCACUGGAACUCCCUCAACAUCAAGACUAACAGUUGAUUCAAACAUUGAUAUGAAGGAUAGAUACCGUAUUCAAAAUCUUAUCACACCACAGGAUUCUAAAGAUCCAGCAACAAAAUAUUACGUAGACAACACAUUUCUUGACAGAGAUGGAUCUUACCCAAUGAAAGGAAAUCUAAAUAUGGACAACAAUCGAAUAUUUAAUAUACCAGAUCUAAAUGGUAGUAAUCAACCAACACCAUUAGCUUUCACAGAUUUGAAGUAUCUCCACGUUGCUGGAACAAAUAAAAUGACUAAUAAUCUAAACAUGGAUAACAAAGGAAUAAUUCAUUUAAAAACACCAACAGACUCCACAGACGGCGCAACCAAAAAGUAUGUGGAUGACUCAAUACCUGAUACUAGUUCUUUUAUAAAAAAGGACAGAAGUGUUGCAAUGACUAGUAACCUAAAUCUUGGAAACAAAAAAAUAGUUGAUCUUGCAACUCCAACAUCAAAUACAGAUGCUGCAACCAAAAAGUAUGUGGAUGAUAAUGCUGAAAGUCCAGAUUUAAGUGAUUAUUUGGAAAAAGAUGGUACUGUUGCAAUGACUGGAAACUUAAAUCUUAACAACAAUAAAAUAAUUAACCUCAGUGAUCCCACCACAGAUCAACAAGCUGCUAAUCGCGGAUGGGUUCGUAAACAAAUAGAAAGAUUUGAUCAUCAUUCUGGAGAUGGAAUAAGUGGUGUAUUUACUAUAACAGAUCCAGCUGCGCCCACGACUUUGUAUCUACAAUAUAUCUCAGGUUCAUCAUUUGAUGAUUUUGUUUUUACAACAUCAGCACCUGGUCAACCUCUUGUAGGGUGGGCACCAACUGCUAACACAUACAUUAACAAAAUAGAAUUUCAAUUUGGUUCGCGAAAUAUAAAUGUUGACUUUCUGUGGUUUAUUCCCAGAGAUAACUCUCUUUCCAAUUCUAACUUUUGGGUAAGUGGAAAUCGCACUGGCACUUGGUCAUUAAAUAUUCACAAGUCUUGGAAUUAUAAUAUGUCAGGAGUAAAACUAAGAACUCAUAACAAUUCAAAUCACACUGCUAUCACUUGUCGGCUAUUCACUGAUCUACCAAAAGCAAUAACCAAACCACUUAAGAGAAUAGAAAUCAACACACCUAAAAUUGUAAUAAGUGGGGUUGUAAAAGCCGAUGUCAACCUUGGUGGUAAUAAAAUAGAGAAUCUGGGUGUACCAACCCAAGACAAUGAAGCAGUAAACAAAGGUUAUGUCGACAAUCUAGUUCAUCUUACUGCAGUUCAACCAAGUCAUUAUAAAGAUGAGUUUGCUUAUCUCAUGUCAAGUGGGGCUCAAUGGACUGAUGAAACGGAUGGAGGGUUUAGUUUUGUUAUAACAAAAAUAGGAGAUUUAGCACCAAACAAAGGAAACUUUCACGACUAUAAUCACAAAGUAAUUUACGCGACUAUAGCAAAGAAUGGAUUUUUACAAAAAUAUAAGUAUAAGAUGGGAAUUAAUUUUUACAGACUAACUGCAAAUACUGAUUACACGUUGUGUUUGGAAAUACUCAACACUGAUUAUAAUCUUUGGAAUAAUACACAAAUAAGUGUUGACAAAGGAACUUCAAAAGGAUUAUCAAUUGGAAAUGUAAGUGUAAAAAAACUUUCCCAUAGGUAUACUGAUUCAACAGGGAAAACACAAACUAUGUACUACCAUAGAAUAAUAAUUAAUUUCCGGAAGUUGUCAUCUGGAAAUAGGUUCUUUCUUCACAUUUUGGUUGAUAUUCUUCAGGGUGGAUAUAACCUGCGUGCGUAUCCGACAUUGUUUCAUGGAGUUUACAUAAUUGCUUAUGGAAUUGAGGGUACAUUUAGCAAUAUCGACCCAGAUAAAGUUUACGACUAUCACACCGCAUUUGAUAUCAAACCAACAGAAGUAGUGUAUAAUGUUGAUAUUAAUGCAAAUCAAAAAGAAAUUAAAAAUAUCAAACUUGACCGACAAAAUGAUAAUAGUGCUGCAACAGUUGCAUUAGUAAAAGAACUAGCUCCUCACACUAAAAAUGCUUUGUAUAGAUUAUACUUUAGUGAUUUCUAUGACUUUGCUGAUGCGGAUACUUACGGAAUAAAUAUAGGCUCAUUUGGAGUUAUUAUUAAUUCUUUGAAACCUAAUAUAACACUACCAACAAAUAAAGACCUAAGUGAAAUAACGGAAAAAGGAUUACAUAUUAAUGGUUAUGAUAUUACUUUUUCUCCUUCACAUUCUUCAAAAUCUACUUUAUGUAUUGUUUUUACUCAUUGGAGAAAUAGGAGUUUUACCCUAACUAAAUAUUUAUCAACAAACAAUAAUAUUUUA